AUGGUGCUUGCUGGUGGGCUCGAGCUGUCGCUAGAGCACGCUGUCGAUGCAUCAGUGGUGCGCGAAAAGUCACCGCCGGUGACUGCAUCGGCAAACGUCGCGGCGAAGCCGCCAAAGCCGCCUGCCCCGAAAACCGUGUCAUCGCCAACUGCUGGGCCUGUGGCAGCCCAUCCCGAUCCUCCGGCUGCCGUGGUCGCUCCUCAAGCUCCCGUUCGCCUGGAGCCUGACAAAGUGGCACCUGCUGCGGUUGUUGUGCCACCGGUUUCCCCUGUCCUUGCCGCCCCUGUGACCGUCGCUGCCCCUGCUGCUCUUGGCGAUGACUUGGUGCUAGCGGCGGUGUCCGCCACCACUGGCGGCCCGGCCCCGGGGUGGUGCCUGCCGAGGCUGUUCAGUCGGCGCCUGCAGCACCUCCGUUGGUUCCGCCUGGGCAGCUGUGUCGUCCGCAGUCUCCCGAUCGCCGCCCAUCAUGACCCCAUUCGCCCUCCCCGCGCGAUGAGCGGGAGUCCUCGCGUCGUCGACAGGAGUCUCCUCAGCGCCGCUCAUCGGGCGGGAACUGGCACGCGCGACGGGGUGGGCGCGGAGGCUAGAGGGGAGGCAAACCAGCAGCUCCCUCGUGCAACUGCCGCUCCUCCUCCUGUUGCACCUCCUGUGAUUGCACCAGCGGCGGUUGCUCCUCAGCCUCCUGCUCCCCCUGCUCCUUAUCCGUCCUUCCUGCCCUGUGACUCUGCUUCUCGUGCUGCUGGUGUUGCGCAGCCGUUCGAGACGUUUGUGGGUUCUUCCCGCGCGGCAGAGGUUCCGGAGGCGACCCUUGGGCAGCUGUGGCGCCUCUCUGAGGGUUUGCGGGCUGUUCAUCUAAUCCAGAUGUACGGUCACGCGGGUCUCUCCCUUGGGAACACUCUGGUUGGCGGUUCCUGGGACGAGUGUCUUGACGCCGCGGAUCGGCUCGCGGAGCUCCUGGCGCCCGUGUUGGCUGGACCCGCGAGGGGAGGAGUUGCGGGCGUUGGGCAGCUGGGGACAGCUGUACGAGGCCUGAGGCGCUUUUUGCGCGCUGGGACUGCAGCCGAUGUGAUCGGCGCAAGCACGGCGGUGGUGCGGGAGCUCCACCACUCUCUGACUGGGCUCCUUGCUUUUCUUGAUGCUGAUCAGUUCUAG